UUUCACCGGCGUCAGAAAACAACUUAUUUUAAGAAAUGUUGCGAUCCCGUCCGUUCACAUUAUGUUUCAUAAGAUACAAACACAGUAAGACGCACUGGUCUCAAGUUCGAAAGAAACAAUUCAACAAGGAUCGAGCGCUGGAGAAUUUCGAUGAUUUCUACGGUCAAGUUUACGGUAAUCGAUGGAAAAGCAUUCGCGUGGCUUUGCUCAGCGAGCAUAAAUAUAUGGCGAUGGUUAACCAGUUUGGCGAUACCGAACGGACGAUUGAUUUUCUACAAUCAGAUGGCGCAAUAAACGUAAGGGAUAUUUACGGCGCCAAGAAGCAAUUCCUGAUCGAUGAGAACAGCGACAUGUUUGUCGGUAACAAGAUUUUCAAGGUAGACCACCAAAUAGAAGGAUUUGCCGAGAAACAGCAACAACAAGAGAUGAAUCGAUUGUACAAAGAGAAUGCGCCGGACUUAUCUAAUACCGCGGAUCCUGAAACGCCUUCAUCUAUGGUUGAUUACAAAAAAUCUUUAAGCCAAACCAUGCAGGACAACACCGAAAUAGACUUCCAACGACUAAUUGACCCAGAUUUAGGGACAGCUGGUUUACAUGAAUUUAUUCCAGCAACCAAACUGAAAGGCAUGGAGGAUUUCAUACCUGAAUCGGAUCACUACAAAUAUUACAGCAACAGUUCAGAUUUUCCUAUUGCCAUCGAAAUGGAAAAUAAUUUCGAAAUUCCGGAGUAUCUGAACAUUUUUACAUACGAGCGGGGUAACGUUUCAGAAUUCAGAUCACCGCGGAAAUCUUCCACUGGUGUUCUCUCACAUUUUCUAAUGGAUGGUGCUUCUAUUCUACCUGCCUUGGCGUUAGAUGUUCAACCAGGGGAUCGAGUGCUGGAUGCGUGUGCCGCCCCCGGUGGUAAAUCGCUUCUACUUCUACAGACGCUUCGUCCCGGAACGCUCGUAUGUAACGAUGUACAAGAAAGUCGCGUUAAUCGAAUUAAAAAGCUAAUGAACAGUUACAUUUAUAAUUUUGGAGACAGCUGUAAAAAGGAGCGCUGCUUCGUUAUACAGUCUGAUGCCCGUGAUCUAGAAGACUACGAAAUGUACGAUCGGAUAUUGGUAGAUGUUCCCUGCACAACUGAUCGACAUUCGGUGAUGGAAAACGACAAUAACAUCUUCAAGGCAACAAGAGUAAAGGAGCGUCUUAGGCUUCCGGAACUACAGGCAGGGAUUCUAGCGAACUGUCUGAAGUUAUUGCGACCUGGAGGAUCGUUAGUGUAUUCUACUUGCAGUUUAAGCCCGGUGCAGAAUGACGGCGUCGUUCAUAUGGCAUUAAGCAACGUAUAUAGCGACAUAGGUUUAACGGUCACAGUUAGGGAUCUCAGCUUAGUUAUGCGACCCUUUUCUGACGUCUUUAAAUUCGCCCCGCCAAACACCCUAAAGUACGGACAAUUGGUGCUACCGUUCCUGCCGACAAACUUUGGACCAAUGUAUUUUUGUAAAUUAGUGCGAAACAGUUAGAAUGUGAACCUUAUUAUAUUUUAAAUAUUGUAAUAUAAA